AGAUCGCCUUUCACCUCGCCUCUCCCCCCUCCCCCUCUCUCUCUAGGGUUGCAGAAGAUGUUCUCUAGCCAGUUCGAUACCACCUCCACCUUCAACGGCGGCCGAUUUACGUCUUCCCAGUCGACUCAGGCCACGGAUUCCGGCUCUUCCGCUGCCAAGAAUCGUGAAACGAGUGGGCUAGUUCCGGUUACUGUGAAGCACAUAAGCGAAGCCACUAAUUCUGGCGACGAUAAAUCCAAUUUCGUUAUUGGUGGUGUUGACGUCACUAACGUUACAGUGGUUGGUAUGGUGUAUGAUAAGGCUGUAAGGAAUACUGAUGUUGCUUUCUCUCUUGACGAUGGAACCGGACGAAUUAAUUGUAACAGAUGGGUCAAUGAAGCCUUUGAUAACAAGGAAAUGGAAGAGAUACAAGAUGGAAUGUAUGUUCGUGUCAAUGGAUGCUUAAAAAGCUUUAAAGGCACAACGGCAUUAGUUGCUUUUUCUGUCAGGCCAGUGACAAAUUUUGAUGAGAUUUCCUUCCACUUUAUCGAGUGCAUACAUUUCCAUUUGCAAAACUCCAGUACAAGGCUCCAAGGUGAUGCCACAACUCAACCUCAGUCUGUAGCUUUAAACACCACUACACAUGAUGGAUCAACUGGAUAUCAGACAGGCCUGACAAAUCAUCUCUCUGGACAAUUUACUGUAGAGGGACUCAAGGGAAUUGAUCAAAUGGUGCUUGAUUACCUGCAGCAACCAUUGAACUAUGAACGGGAAAGGGGCAUACAUAGGGAUGAAAUCUCUCAGAAGCUAAAAGUUCCGGUUGAGAAGAUAAUGGAAUCCAUCCGAACUCUUGAAGAGGAAGGCUUGAUAUACUCCACUAUUGAUGAAUUUCACUUCAAAUCAACUACAAGUGGUUGAUUAUGUUUUUAGAAUUUUAAACUUUAGGAAGGUGCUGGCUUGAGGGCUGAGUAAUGAUACAUGUGCUAUUUCUUGUGCAUUUUGGCUAUGAACUGCCCCAUCUAUAGUUUGCUAAUGUCUAUAUUUGUUUGCGCGCUUAGUUUUGGACUGAAUAUACAGACGAUAUUUCUUGUCCUCUACAUACUUAAAGUUGCUUGUGGUACGUCAAAUUCUUUUGUUAAUGCUUAAAAUGAUCCAAAUAUGGAAAA